GUGUGAUAAUCCGCCAUCUUUGUCAAGCGAUGCGAUUUUGUUCUCAAAAACAAAAGAAUGGCCGUUGAUAGACCAAGAAUAAUCACAGUUCCUUGCACUCCUGAGCACUACAAGGAGUCUCAAACCGACAUCGAGGACAGUCUUAAAGUGUUUCUCUCAACUGACAUCGAAUUUAAGAGCAAGAAAGUGAAAUGGCGAGAAUUUGGCAAACAAUUGAAAGUUGCCAUUUUGGUGGGCAUCUGGAUUGUGUGCAGUUGUGCCCUAAUGACCAACAAUGUCAAAGUUCAACACAUGCACCAAUUGAGUAUUUCUAGUGGCGAAACUAAGAGCUUCUUGAUCUUGGAAGAGCCCCAAAACACGCAAUUUCGGGUCACUCUCGAAGGUGCUCUUCUUCCAUCGUGUUACGAAAACUUGUCGGUUAAUUUUUUGAACGUUUGGGUGCAGUUGGUAGUACUGAAACAGCCCUCUCGCAAAUUGAAACCCAGCAAUAUUCUCCUCAUCCAGAACGUUUCUGAUGUUUGGGAAGUGGCUCUGGUUCCAGAAAAGUUGAUAGAUGUCGUUCCGGAAGUCACUCAUGAGAAAACGUUUCAUUUGAACUCGAUCAAAGUUGGCGAUUUUAAUAAUAGUUUACUGGAGGUUAGGUUUAGUACCAACAUGAAGACGAAUUUUCCCCUAUCGCUUGCUUAUAACCUCCAACCGAUAAAUACCGAUUUGGGGAUUAUUUACGCGGGGUUGGUACUUAUCGGUUUGUAUAUUGCUAUCAUUUUUGAGCUUGUGCACCGAACGUUGGCUGCCAUGCUUGCUAGUACCAUGUCGGUUGCUAUUUUGGCAGCACUGAAUGCCAGACCUACUAUGACCGAAAUCAUUUCAUGGAUCGACAUUGAAACACUCUUACUACUCUUCUCAAUGAUGACACUUGUGACAAUUUUAAGCGAAACAGGGAUUUUUGAUUAUAUGUCAGUCCUGGCAUAUAGGAUUACAGGUGGGAAAAUCUGGCCUUUGAUUAACAGUUUGUGUAUAACAACUGCCAUUUUUUCAUGUUUUUUGGAUAAUGUCACAACGACUUUACUCACGACACCUGUCACUGUCAAAUUAUGCGAAGUCAUGAAACUAAACCCGGUUCCUGUGCUUAUGUAUAUGUUGAUUUUUGCAAACAUAGGUGGCGCUAUUACCCCAAUUGGGGAUCCCCCAAAUGUCAUCAUUGCGUCGAACACAGAUGUCAUAAGAUCGGGUAUCAAUUUUGGGACUUUUACCCUACAUAUGGGAGUGGGGGCUAUUAUAGCCUUCGUGGUGGUCUAUGCACAGUUGAGGUACAGUCAUCGGGACCUGAAGGUUUUCAAAUAUGCGGAACCCACCGAAGUACAAGAACUCCGCCACGAAAUAGGCGUUUGGAAGCGCGCAGCGGCCUCUUUAAGCAGCUAUAGCAAAGACGAAGACACCGUUAAAGAAUCCCUUCUUCGUCGAAGUACAACCCUUUUGGGCAAACUCAAAUUAACCGCCACUAACACAAGUCCCACCAUUGAAAAUUACACCACCAACUUGAAAAAUCUGGAACGCCAGUACCCGAUCAGAAAUAAAGCUUUAUUGAUCAAAUCCGGUAUUACCUUGAGUUUGGUCAUUUGUGUCUUUUUCCUACACUCAAUUCCGGCAAUGAGUAUACUAGGACUAGGCUGGACGGCAUUGCUCGGUGCCCUACUAUUGCUACUCUUGUACGACAAGGAGGACAUUGAGGGGAUUUUGGGACGCGUCGAGUGGUCAACACUACUAUUUUUCGCUUCGUUGUUCAUCCUAAUGGAGGCCUUGUCUAGGUUGGGUUUGAUCGAUUGGGUGGGCAAACAAACCCAAAGUGUGAUCAUGUCAGUUGAUCAAGAUUCCCGUUUGACAGUUGCGAUCAUUCUCAUUUUGUGGGUUUCGGGGAUUGCCUCGGCUUUCGUCGACAAUCUCCCCCUGACGACAAUGAUGAUCCGAAUUGCCACGAACUUGGCCGACGAUCCCGAACUCAACCUACCGUUGCAACCCCUGAUUUGGGCCCUAGCUUUUGGGGCGUGUCUUGGAGGAAAUGGCAGCUUGUUUGGAUCAUCGUCAAAUAUUGUGUGCGCCGGAGUGGCCGAACAGCACGGCUACAGAUUCACUUUUCUCGAAUUUACUAAACUUGGCCUCCCUGUCACGAUCACAAGUAUGGCGGUCAUCACUGUUUAUUUAACUGUGUGUCAUGUGGUGUUUUGUUGGCACUAAAUUACAUGUUUUUUUGAAUCGUCCUGUAUAUUUUUUAUUGCAUUGUAUUGUUGUAAUUUUGUAAUAAAAAUAAAUUAUUAUUGUCAA